AGAAAGCUUCUGGAGUCAGCUUUAAACCACCGGUGCGCGCACGAGCGAAUGAGAGCCCGGUUGUAUUCGAGGUCCGCGUAGUUGUCGCCAUUUAUUCUCGGUUUCAGCUUUGUCGAGUUUGAACGUCAGUUCUUUUUUGAUCAUCGCCCAAGUCAGACCUCCUAACCAUGAGACCUCACUGGAGAGCACCAAUCACUUUCUUCGUUCUCGCUUUGAGCCUGAGCAAAUUGGUACUUGGUCGAAAUGACACUCGAAAAGGAAAAUUGUUUUCUAUCUUUCAGAUCGUCAAUUUCCCCAAUGAAGGCUGCGUUGGAUCUUCGUCCAGAAACGGAACUUGUUAUACACCCGAUGAAUGCACCACAAGAGGAGGAUCUCCGGCAGGAACUUGUGCCCAAGGAUUUGGUGUAUGUUGCGUCUUCACUUUAGCUUGCGGUGGGACCACCUCCGAAAACUGCACUUAUCUCGUUCAAGCGGGUAUAUCCAUGCCCACUGCAGACCAGUGUACGUUCACAAUUUGCAAAAGCUCAUCAAAUAUUUGCCGUAUCAAGCUGGAUUUCACGACGUUUUCCAUUGCCGGACCAACGGUAGGAACCGCUUCCACCUUGGGCAAUACCAAUGGAGGAUCAAUCGGAGACUGUACCGAGGAUAGCUUUAGUCUCACCUCUCCGGGCAAUAUUGGAUCACCUUUGAUUUGCGGCGUCAACACCGGUCAACACAUGAUUGUGGAUUCCUCUGACAUUUGUCACCGGGCCUCAUUCGACUUUAGUGGAACCACAGUUAGUCGUCAAUUCGACAUCAAGGUGACCCAAUAUGCUUGUGGAGAUGAAAUGGGGGGUCCGCCAGGUUGCCUCCAAUAUUUUACUGGAAAUACAGGAACCUUUGCGAGCUUCAACUUUCCGAUCGGUGAAACAGCCGUCACUGCUGAUGUGACUCAUCUGUCAAAUCAGUGUUAUACCAUGUGCUUUCGACAAGAGGUGGGCAAAUGUGCCAUUUGUUAUAAUACCGUCAUUCUUGGCGCAGCUGACAUGGCUAUCGACCAAGGAUCGUUUGGUCUUUCCAUCAGCUCAGCCGCAAUUGCCAUUGCCACGUUAGACACAGCUUGUUCCGAAGACUACCUUCAGAUUCCUGGAAGCGGAAGCGACGUUGGUGACGCUGAUGUCGAUAUGUUUGGUCCAGGCACGAUUCCGGCCAUUCUUCAUGAACGCAUUUGUGGACGUUUCUUUGGCUAUGAGACUGACGGCAGUGGAGCAACUGAUAAUACUGAGUCGAUCUGCAGUGGACGAAAGCCAUUUCGGGUGGUUUUCAAAACGGACUCCGAUGAAGUGUUGGGCGAUGGAUCGGACGAUGCUGAGAUGAGCGAGCAAGCUAUGGCUCCUGCAGGAAUAGUUGGAUUCUACUUGAACUACGCUCUUCAAGAUUGCUAAGACUUGCCAAGCAAACCAAUGAAAAAUAUCCAGAUUAUGUUCUAGUUUUAUUAUAAUGCUUACUUUUGAAGAAUUGAACCAUGUAUAUGUUCGAAAUAAACUGAAUAUGAAGCUCA